GGAUGGUUGGUGGCCGGGAUCCUAUCUGGCUGAGGAGGAUGCUAUCUUGAAGGCGGGGAAGGGUGACUUGUAGGGGCUACGGAGGCAGGAGAGUGCCUGCCAGUUCCACGGGGGAAAUCGUGAUGUCACUUGAGCUGGGCUUCUAAGAAGGUCAAAUGUGUGCCGAGGCGAACCCUCCUGGGGUCACUGGGAAUGUGUGUGUGUGUAUGUGUGGGGUGUGCGCUUCUCUCUCCCAAUGUCCAUGCAGCACCCCCACCCCCGGGCCCAGGGGGCCCUAAACCCAGGAAUCCUUCUCAGUGUUGGUACUGAGCAUAUCCCUAUUUGGGGGCCCUACUCUCCCGCCCCCUGAACCUGGAGACAAAGAGACCAAGGAAAGUACCAGGGGCUCCCCCAUCUCCCUUGCACACGCUUGCAUACUGCACUAGGGCAGAAGCACACAGGCAAGGACGGACCUGCAGGCAGAGCCCCUUUCAGAUGCGUUCUCACUGGGAGCAGCACACUCAGGUGGGCACACAAAGCGGUAGGUAUGCACACACCCCUAAGGACAGGCUCCCCGAAAGGCACAUGUCCCCUAAUCUUGCUUGUAUAUGCUGAGUACUAUUUCCUAGCCCACCUACCUAUCUGUACUUCCAGAUCUUUCCUUGGAUUUCACACCGGGUCCAGGGCCCGCUGCCUGUUACCAAGCCCUUCCUCUCCACCCUUCUCUCCCUUCCUCUGGCUAGCCUUCAGGUCCGGGCUGGGGAAUUGAAAGAAUAAGUCAGAAUCUCAGCAGGGGUGUGUGUGUGGGGUUCCUAAAGCUAGUCAGUGGCGAGGAGGAGAGGGAAACCCCAGGCCGCCACCAGAAAUCUGACUCAGUACCUGUCAUUAUGUGGCUGUGGGUGCCAGCACCCAGGAUGCAAAGAGAAUGAGGCCCUGCCCUCAGGAGCACCCAAUCUAGUGCAGGAGCCAGACAUGUAAACAACUCAUCAGGGCGAUAGUGCAAGCAGCAUGUGCUAAGUGCUUAGCAGGCCCUGGUACCAAAAUCGUUUUCUCUUGACAAAUGGCUAGGCUGCAAACAUCUUCCUCUCAACCCUCUACCCCCAUCCCACAUCCCUUCUCCCCAGCCACAUGCCUCUGCCCUUCUGGAUAUUUCUUCCUGGAUGGCCUUCUGCCCAGGGACACAAGGCCCCUGCCUCUCAUCUUAGAACACGGGAAGGAUGUUAGGGUGCAGGAGUGAGACUCGCAGGGGACCUGGGGUCCAGAACGUGCAGAAAGAGACAAGGCUUGGGGUUUCCUGGGAGGUAUGAGGCUGUCUGUGAGGGACAGGGAGGUGGAUGGGUCAGAGGAAGUUGUUCCUCCUGGUUCUUGAAGAAGGGAGGGCCCCAUCUGUUAAGUGGGAAGGUGAUGUCAUUGGGUCUCUCCACCCUUCCUGGAAUACUUGGAAGGGGUCCGGGCUGGGGACCUGCCUUCGCUGAUGCCUGUCUGUCCUCCCUGUCUUCCCUGUCCACACCUCCUCUCUCAUUGCCAUCUUUGUGUCUGUCUUUGGACCCUGUUUCUCUGUGUGCCAUCCUAUCCAUCUGUGUCUUCUCUGCCACCGGGGCCUCCUCCCUCCAUCUCUGGCUCUGAUCCCUCUGCCUCUUGGGGUGUCUCUCUGCACUUCCCUGUACUGGAUUCCAUUCCCCUUUCUUGUCCCCAUGGCUCACUCUGGGUCACUUCUGUGUGUAUCUCUGGUUCUGGGAUCCCAUCUCGGUCUGACCUUUUCUCUGCACAUCCUGUCUGUCUCUGCCUGUCAUCUCUGGUGCCGGCCUCUGCCCCUCCACCCCUGCAUUCAACUCUGUGCUGGGUCCUGCCACUCUGUCUUACUCUCCACUCAUCCCGGCCCCUUUCCCUGCCCAUCUGAGCAGCAGCGUCCCAUCCAGCCCUCUUUCACCAAGUCCCUCUGCCGUGAGUCCCACUGGAAGUGCCUGCUGCUCUCGCUGCUCAUGUACGGCUGCCUGGGGGCCGUGGCCUGGUGCCACGUCACCACAGUGACCCGCCUCACCUUCAGCAGCGCCUACCAGGGCAACAGCCUCAUGUACCACGACAGCCCUUGCUCCAACGGUUAUGUCUACAUACCCCUGGCCUUCCUGCUCAUGCUGUACGCCGUCUACCUGGUGGAGUGCUGGCAUUGCCAAGCCCGCCAUGAGCUGCAGCACCGUGUGGAUGUAAGCAGUGUGCGGGAGCGCGUGGGCCGCAUGCAGCAGGCCACGCCCUGUAUCUGGUGGAAGGCCAUCAGCUACCACUAUGUCCGCCGCACCCGCCAGGUCACCCGAUACCGCAACGGAGAUGCCUACACCACCACCCAGGUCUACCAUGAGCGCGUCAAUACGCACGUGGCCGAGGCCGAGUUCGACUACGCGCGCUGCGGCGUCCGCGACGUGUCCAAGGCGCUGGUGGGGCUAGAGGGUGCGCCGGCCACGAGGCUGCGCUUCACCAAGUGCUUCAGCUUCGCCAGCGUGGAGGCCGAGAACGCGUACCUGUGCCAGCGCGCGCGCUUCUUCGCCGAGAACGAGGGCCUGGACGACUACAUGGAGGCGCGCGAGGGCAUGCACCUCAAGAACGUGGACUUCCGCGAGUUCAUGGUGGCCUUCCCCGACCCGGCCAGCUUCUCGCUCGGCCGCCUCUAUGGCUCCCGGCGCAGCUGCCUGUGGCGCAGCCGGAGCGGGAGUGUUAACGAGGCGAGCUGCCCUACCGAGCAGACGCGGCUGUCGAGCCAGGCCAGCAUGGGGGACGACGAGGACGACGACGACGACGAGGAGGCCGGACCGCCGCCUCCCUACCACGACGCCCUCUACUUCCCGGUGCUCAUCGUGCACCGGCAGGAGGGGUGUCUGGGCCACAGUCACCGGCCGCUGCACCGCCACGGCUCCUGCGUAGAGACCUCACUGUGACCCCGGGCCCCUGGACCCGCCCGCCGGCCUCCUCCCUGCCCCUCGCCGGACUGGGCUCCCUGCGUGUAGCAGGGGGAGUCACGAUGGUGGUGGCCGAGGCUGUGCUGGGCACGGCGUGGGGAGGGUGGGGGGAGGCAAAGGGUCGCGGGACAUACGCCAAAGCGGCCGAUCCCUGUCACCCUUCCCGCCUUCCCUGUACAUAGACAGAUGGAAGGAGGGGUGAGAGAAUGCCACCCGGGCAGAGUCAUCUCUUCCAGCCCCGCCCCUGAGCUCCUAGAGGGACACCUCCCCUUUCUACAUGCACACCCGAGAUUUCCCGUCCCGUCUUUCAACGGAUCUUCUGACUGUUACGUGGCAACUGUGCCGCGGGACCGGCGUUGGGUCCAGUCUCAAGGGAGAGGCCCUCGCUGUGCAGCUGGGGAGGUUGAGGCCGGGGGAAGGGCAACUGGGGCUUUCCUUCUUUGGUAGCCUGGCCCCUCUGGGACCUCUCUCUACUGAGGGGGCAGCGGUUAGCAGGGCUGGCUUCCAACAAGCUAAUGAAUUCAGUGGGUCUGAGGCCAGGGCCAGGCGUCAGCCGCCACACUCCAUCUCAAAGCUGUGGAAAUGUUGCUCUCCUCUUCUUGGCGCUGGCCCCGAAGAGGAUCGGGGUUUCCUUUCUGCCGCUCCCUCCACUGUUGUUUAUCUCACUGGGCCCAGGGAGGCUGGGUCCCUGUAGGGAUUGUGCUCACCACGAAGACGUCACUCCCCUCCCUCCCCUCCUGCUCCCCGGCUCUAAGAGCUGUUGCCAGGGGCGAGAGGGGAGGCACACUGUGGAAGGCAGUACACCUCAGUCCUUAGUCCACACUGCAGCCUCCUCACCUGGGUUCUGAGAGGGGACGCCCUUCAGAGAGAGUGAUAUACAGCCCCGGCAGGCGGCAUUCCUUCAAGCUGGCCAAGGUGAAUGAGUAAGUGGCAGACAGACUUGGGUGACAACAGGGAACUCUGGAAGUAGGUGGGAGUCAAAGAGGAGGGGGCAGUGAAAAGACCCCCGAAGGCAGGGGUGUCAUGGGGCCAGACCUUGCCUCCCCCAUACUUGUGGGGAGAAGUAGAGAGUGGUUGACCCCAUACAGAUCCUUUGCAGGGCUGAAGACCUUGUCACGAGCCCCAGCUGGAGAAAGACUCAAUUCCAGUGGCAGGGUCAGAGGCAGGAAUUUUCGAAAUCUUGCCCGACCCCCUUGUCCUCCCCUAGUCCAUGAGCUGAAGCCCUGCUGUGUGUCCCAGGGUCUUCAAAGGGGCGUCCUGCCACCACCCCAGGGUGCUGGCCCCACCUGCUGUCCUUCCACCACUCCUACCCUGAUGUGCUUCCGUGUGCAUGUCUGUGUACGAUCCCCCUGGACUCCAACUCCCCUGGCUAAAGUUUUCCCAGCCAACUUAGCGUCCAGGGAUUGAGUUCGCAUUUCCAGCUGGAGAGGAUAACCCUCUGGCCUCGACAUUGCUCGCCCCAUGCUUCUCACUUUGCCUGAACCAUCAGAACUGCUCUUUCCCCACCUCAGCCUGUCCCCUCUUCCUCCAGCAUAGCCGGGCCUGCACCCCCAAGGGCGUGGCCUCCACCUAUGCAACAUCUCCUCUGGCCCCCCCUUCCCUCCUUUCCCGGGGGACUUGGAGGGCACAGAUUGUGGGGACACCACAGCCCGUGACCCAUCAGGGCUGAGGUUAACUUUGAUGAGGAGAUGGCUGAGUGGGAAGGGAGAGGAGGCUGGACAAGGGGAGGCCUGGGCAGAGGGGGACAGCUGCUCAUUAGGUUUCCCUGGGCAGCAGUGCCCAUCUGCCUGCCAGCACUGGACUCUCAGGGGGCCUGGCGUUUGGAGCAACCCCUCUUUCCUCUGAACCGACAUCUGCGAUGGACAGGUGGCGAGCUGUGGCCUCGGGCCCCAGUUCUUGGCCAGCUGGCACCUGAAUGUCACACUCUUGUGUGGGGCAGCCUGACCAGACCACCUCACGGCUUCAAGGUGGGGGGAGAAACCCCGCCCUUCCUGCCUCAGGCCUGUUCCUGAGACAGAGCCAGAGCUGGGAGGAGGGGACCGGGAGGGGCUGUUAUUAUUUUUGCCUGUACUGACCAUUUCUGCCUAGUGUUCUCACACAGACAGCCUCACCUCCCACACACGCACAGACUUAGAAACCAAUUCUUUGGUCUAUUUUCUUGGUAGCUUUAUUGAUUGCCAGGGAAAACAAAAACCAGAAAAUUAAUUAAUCUCUAAAAUUAAA